AUGGGGCAAUUUGGAUACGAGCAACGGAACUCCCUGGGCUGGCUACUGGCUGACUUCAUGGAGAAGGAGGGACUCUUUAUAAUGAACUCCUUCUUCAGGAAGCCAGAACGGUGCAAAUGGACCUGGUUGAGUCCCGACGGCACCGUCAGGAACGAGAUAGACUUUAUCAUGUCGACGAAAAAGCACAUAUUUAAUGAUGUCUCAGUGAUCAAUGCUGUGAAAACAGGAAGUGAUCACCGACUUGUUCGAGGCACAUUGAAUAUCGAUGUCAAGCUUGAGAAGGGUCGGCUGAUAGGGUCUGCGCUCCAACCUGUGCCUGCUCAGAUUCAAAACCCCGAGAGCUUUCAACCCGAACUCCAAAAUCGCUUUGACCUGUCGCCUGGCCGACUGCGUAAAUGUGGACGAGCUCAACGACGGGCUGGUGGAAAUCGCCCGUGCGGUGGGGUCUAA